CCCACUCGUUUGUGCUUUACCUCUUCCUCCUCCGCGCCUCGGAGCCGGAUCCGGCCCCGGAAACCCGGACCGUAGACGCGGCAUCUCUGCUGCGUGGGUGGGGUAGCCUGCGGAAGGGGAGAGGCGACCUGCGGGAAAAAUCGGCCUGGAUGAGCUUGUGUUUUCGUGGCCGCCCGGCGCGACACUCUCUCGAACCCAGCAUGUAGGUGCCGGGCGGCUGCCAUGAACUCGGGAGCCAUGAGGAUCCACAGCAAAGGACAUUUUCAGGGUGGAAUCCAAGUCAAAAAUGAAAAAAACAGAUCAUCUUUAAAAUCUAUGAAAACUGAUAACAAACCUGAAAAAUCCAAAUAUAAGCCACUAGGGGGAAAAAUAUUUUACAUUGACUUACCUUCUGUCACCAUAUCUGAAAAACUGCAAAAGGACAUUCAGGAUCUGGGAGGGCGAGUUGAAGAAUUUCUCAGCAAAGAUAUCAGUUACCUUAUUUCAAAUAAAAAGGAAGCUAAAUUUGCACAAACGUUGGGAAGAAUUUCUCCUGUACCAAGUCCAGAAUCUGCAUAUACUGCAGAACCCACUUCACCUCAUCCCAGCCAUGAUGGAAGCUCUUUUAAGUCUCCAGAUUCAGUGUGUUUGAGCAGAGGAAAAUUAUUAGUUGAAAAAGCUAUCAAGGACCAUGAUUUUAUUCCUUCAAAUAGUAUAUUAUCAAAUGCCUUAUCAUGGGGAGUAAAAAUUCUUCAUAUUGAUGACAUUAGAUACUACAUUGAACAAAAGAAAAAAGAAUUAUAUUUACUCAAGAAAUCAAGCACUUCUAUAAGAGAUGUGGGGAAAAGAGUAGGUAUUAGCACACAGAAAGCAAGAAGUAGACUUAAAAAACCUUUUGUAAAGGUGGAAGAUAUGAGCCAACUUUAUAGACCAUUUUAUCUUCAGCUGACCAAUAUGCCUUUUAUAAAUUAUUCUAUUCAGAAGCCCUCCAGUCCAUUUGAUGUAGAUAAGCCAUCUAGCAUCCAAAAGCAAACGCAGGUUAAACUAAGAAUCCAAACAGAUGGCAAUAAAUGUGGAAUCCCACUUCAACUCCAGUUGAAAGAGAAGAAGAAAAAAGGAUAUUGUGAAUGUUGCUUGCAGAAAUAUGAAGAUCUUGAAACUCAUCUUCUAAGUGAGCAACAUAGAAACUUUGCACAGAGUAAUCACUAUCAAGUUGUUGAUGAUAUUGUAUCUAAGUUAAUUUUUGAUUUUGUGGAAUAUGAAAGAGACAUGCCUAAAAAGAAAAGAAUAAAAUACAGUACUGGAUCCCUUUCUCCUAUUACUGCAAGUGUCCUGAAAAAGUCUGAACCAAAAGAAAAGCUAGAAUUGCAACAUACUUCUCAGAAUGACUUCAAGGAAAAUAAUGUACAGGCAGUUGAGCAGCAUUUCCUGUAUAAAGAAGUCCAGGAGCCUGAACAGAAGUUUGUAUUUAUUUCAGAAUGCAUCUCCUACCCUGCAAGUGAAUUGAGAGGACUCGACGAGAAAGCAACUAGUAAAUGUUCCAUGUUAAAUCCAGCUGAAAAUGACCUAAAACAAAAUUUUACACAUAUAUCUCCACAUAAAAAUAAACAGGGAUGUAUUCUUGACUUUUCCUAAUAUAAAUUAAUGAUAAAUGAAAGUGGCUUUGAAGAACUAAAGGUAGGUCAUUGUCCAUGUAGGCUACAGACAUCUGUACAAGUUUCUAACGUCAGUGUGGAUAAUACUGCAUCUCAACGAAAACAAAAGUCAGAUACUGUGGUUUUUCCAGCAAAGGAUGUGAAGGAAAAGGACCUUCAUUCAGUACUUGGUCAUGAUUCUGGUCUGUUAGCAAUAAAAAGUUCAAAGGAGCACCUAACAGUUCAGGUACAGACUCCAUCCCGAAGUCCCCCUGAGGAACCCAGUGAAUGCAACUUCAACAAUAUGGAUGGUUUACCUUCUGGUAAGAUACAUCGGAAAGUGAAAAUAUUGUUAGGAAGAAAUAAAAAAGAAAAUCUGGAACCAAAUGUGGAGUUAGAUAAGAAAAGAACUGAAUAUAUUACACAAGAAGGAAACAGAAUUUGUAGUUCACCAGUACAGUCUCUACUAGACUUGUUUCAGACUAGUGAAGAGAAAUCAGAAUUUUUGGGUUUCACAAGCUACACUGAAAACAGUGGUAUAUGUGAUGUUUUAGAUAUUUGGGAAGAAGAAAAUUCAAAUAAUUUGUUGUCAGUGUUUUUCUCUUCCCCUUCAACUUCUACAUUUACUGGCUUUUAGACUUGAAAUAAAUACUUUCAGAAGUGAUGAAGAUCAUAUUCUAGAAAAUUUUAUAAGUGUAUGAGAAUGCUUAGUUUUUUUUCUUUUUGCCAACUUUGUUUACAGAACCAAGUGUAAAUAUUAACAAUAAAGGUGAUGUUUGCAUUUUUCUACAGAAUUGGAUACCUUUUAUAGAAAAAUUGUAGAAUAAACUUGUGACUCCUUUUACACACUAUGUUUUAAGAAUUAUGAAUAAUUUUACGUCACUGAACUUCAAACAUCAAGUGAAAUAUUGGGUAUAUUAAUAUGUAGCAUUAUAUGUUUGGAUAGUCUAGUUCUUUCCAAAGGCUGUUAAAAUAAGAUUCCCAUGAUAACCUGAGAAUACUGCUUUUAAAAACCUGAUUUUCAUACAGAAGGGAAAAACAUAUUAAUUUCUGCAUUUGGGUUUUGGAAGUCAUUAUUACUUGAUACUUGACCUAUGUGGACUUGUACGUUGGCACUGAGGAGUUAGGUUAUUUAGAGAGGUAAAUAGAAGCCAUAAGGGAAAAACAGCCAGGCUACUGGAAUAAAUAAUUUUCCCAUUGUUGAUUAUUCACCUUUAGAAAGACUUUCUUCCAAAAAUGACUCAUUAUCCCCUAAUUUGGUAUCAGGAAAUGAAAAACGAAGGAUGGUAUUGAACUAUAAAUAAAAGUGUUGAAGCAUAUGUGAAGAUUGCCUUUGAUUGGGCACUGAGCAACACAAUAAUUUAGAGAAGAAAAUAUUCAAAUACACGAAAAAUUUCACCUGUUCAGUCUUUAAAUGGUAGAAGCACUUGUCUUUGAGUGUGUUCUUCCAGGAGUGAGGCAUUUUCACAAUAAAUUUUCACAAUAAAAGUUGGUGCCAAUGAAUAUUGAA